AUGACGGCAGAAUCAGGUAGUUCGAACUUCGAUCUUCCCGAGGAUGUCGUGCAAGUGCUACCGUCAGAUCCGUUUGAGCAACUCGAUGUGGCGCGCAAGAUCACAUCCAUUGCUCUAUCGACACGUGUCAACGCAUUGGAAUUGGAGUUGUCGGAACUUCGCGUCAAGAUCGCCGAGAAGGAUAAACUCAUCGCUGAACUUCAGUCUCAGGCAGAGUCCCUCAACGCCUCCCUUUCUGAAACCGCGGAUGAACUCGUCCGAGCCGAACAAGAUAAGGAGAAGUUGCUUAAGGAGAAUGCUUCGCUUUCAGACACUGUCAGAAAGCUUAAUCGAGAUGUCUCCAAGUUAGAGGUUUUUAGAAAGACGCUUAUGCAAUCACUUCAGGAGGAUGAUGAUAAUUCAGGAGGAGCUCCGGACAUUGUUGCUAGAAUACAGAAUCAGUUGGGUUCGACUUACACGUCUCAGUUUGGAGAUAAUGACUCUUCAUUGCCACCGUCUAUAUCUUCUUCAAUGCCCCGUGUUUCUGACAGUGGAAAUUCUUUCGUUGAGGAUCAAGAUUCUGAUGUCAUAAGACCGAGAGUGCCCUAUAAUCUCCUCAUGGCUUCCCAAAGUACCACCCCCCGGAUUACUCCCACUGGUUCCCCUCCUAGUUUUUCUGCAUCAGUAUCUCCAACGAGAACAUCUAGACCCAUGUCUCCAAGGCGACAUUCCAUUUCCUUUUCGACUACAACAGGCAUGCAUGGUGAUAGGUCUUCAGUGUUUUCCUCCAUAGGUCACGGUUCAAUAUCAAGCUCUGACUCAGUAACAGGAUCUCAAGCUGGACGAACACGGGUGGAUGGGAAGGAGUUCUUUCGCCAAGUCAGGAACCGUCUGUCGUACGAGCAGUUUGGUGCAUUCUUGGCAAAUGUUAAGGAGCUAAAUUCCCAUAAACAAACAAGAGAGGUGACUUUACAGAAAGCGGAUGAAAUUUUUGGGUCUGAAAACAAGGACCUAUUCACUACAUUUGAGGGAUUGAUCACUCGCAGUGUCCAUUGA